GCUUGGCAGCGGUGUCAACGAAUGGUGGAAUGAGAGUGAAAAUGUUGACAACUUACAUGGACAGCAUGUCUUAUCACAAACCCCCUGCUUCGUGGAUGUUCCGUUAAGUGAAAUAACAGAACAAGGGGUAUGAAUGGCGCGAAGUGGAUCCGAAUCACUAUUUAAAAAGAACACAAAAUUAGAAAGUUAUUUAAAGCGAAAUCUCACAGACGAAGCUUUUGAGCGUGUACGAGCAUACGAAUCAUGUAUAGUUGUGUCCGAAAAGGAAAACAAGGCGUUCAAAUAUGUGAUCCUGGGUGACGAAUCCAUUUACUUAACAGAAAACCCUCCUAAAAACCUCCAGGAAAGUGUACAUUUGAAAGACAUCGUCGCCGUGGAAUUGGUUAAUGAUUUCCCAGAAUUCCUCAGUGGAGAAGAAAGAGAAAAUACUCAACAUUUGGCUGUAACAUUCUGGACAACAGAGAGUGGUAAAAGGAGAUCUCUGAGAAAGGGACGCAAAUCUCCGCGCUUAGGUUCUGUAUCUGAUCUCCAUGGCGAUCGGUCAAAUGCAUCAACACCCCUUGGGUAUAUUUCCUCUCAGGAAAGUACGAACUGGUCAGAAGAUUAUGGCUAUGCAACUCAGAGCAUGUCUAGUUUGCAAAUCAGUCGCCCUGACAGUCGUGGGUCCAUUGGAUCAAACGGCAAACCAAGUGGUAUCAAGAAGAAAAAGAAUCGUCUAGUGCUAGGUGACAGUUCAGAUGAAACACUUUUGAAAUCUCUGAAGGAGGAGAUGGAGGAGGAAGGUUUAGAAGACAUUGAGGAGAAUGAUGGCCUAUCCAACUCCUUCUCCUCCUCCCUACAACGGACUUCAUCCUAUAAAAAACGAGAGUUACCCGACCCUGCCAGUUCCAAAAGUGUAUUUACAAAUAAGGAUAGUGACCAGUCUAGUCAAAGAGGAGUCAAUGGAGAAAAUUUAAGUUUGUCUGGGUCAGUACGAUCUAAUCGUCCCCUCCCACAGAUGGCCCCCAAAAAUAACGCCUUUGAAAGUUUUAAAUCCCCUACCUCCCAAACUAUAGUUAACGACACAAGUGAAGAAAAAUCAGCCGUCAACAUAGGUGUAGACCAUAGUAAUGAUCCCAGGGUUAUUGGCACUGUGGAAGUUGAUGAUGAAAAACCAACAUUCUGUUGCUCAAAACUUAACUGCUUCAAAAACACAAAAAAUCAAAUUUUCCCAUUUUGUAGUAAAAAAGAUGCAAUACUUGAAGAUAGUGUGAAAAGUGCUAAUAUGUUAGAUAGCAAAGAAUCUUCAUACCCUGAAAAAGAAAAAAAUCCUCUUCCUGAUAUUACACUGGAUACUAGUUCGCAGGAAAUAUCUGCUUUAGGGUCAAAGGGUCAAAGGGGUUCUGUUCCAUCCUUGCAUGAAGCCACCCGUUCUCGCCGUUCCUCUAUCACCAGUAACCUGCGACCUCCGUCGCGGUCCGGUACACCUGCACUGGAAAGUGAACCAACCUUUACUAGAAGUGUCAGGCUUUUUCAUCGUGAUCCGACAUUUCUUGGCAAUUUAGUGAAUGCUUCAUAUUCUGAUUUGGGAGGGUCGGUAAAUGGACUUUCCGCUGUGGGAUUGGAAAUUCCUGAAAAGCGAAAGACAAUUCUAAAUAUAUAUUUGCUGAAUCUACAUUCACCCAUGUUAAUGCUCAUCCGAAGUGCCUGGAGUAAUUACCUUAUUCGCCUCACGAUGAUGCAAGAUUCUGAGUAUGAAAAAGUGUUCAAAUCUAGUGUUGUGCGAGGUCCACACAAUCAGAGACUUUCCACUAGUGUUACAAGCUAUAGGGAGAAGAUGGAGAUGCUCUUCAGUCAACUCAAAAGAGAAUUGCUCAACCAAGAGAAUACGAUGGAGGAAACAUUUAACUUGCUGAAUGAAUUAAGGGUAGCCACAGAGCGAAACUUUGCUCUCAAGAAAAUGUUUUGGAAGAACUCGGACAUGUUCUUGUUCCUGGUGAGACAGUUACAGAGGUAUUUACCCAAAUCCCCUAUCAACAUACAAACGGACCAUGGCAAGUUGCAGAGAGUUGAUGAGUUUGAACUUGUGAUACUGCUGACAGAAAUUCUCAGUCUGAUGUUCAGGGAAUCGGAGAUCAUUCCCGCUCGCAUCCAGACACUGAAAGCUGAAAGGGGUAAAUAUGUACUAGACCUGCUUAUGGUGCUGACAUGUUCUCCAGAGAUCCCCGAGAAAUUCUCAGUACCGUCAAGGAGCACUGUGUCUGUUGGGGGCUCAUUCAAAGGAGGAGACAGCAUGAAUACUAAUGUGGAUGAAGAGAUUGAGAGACAGUUAGUGCAAUUUACAAAAACAGGACUCGCUUCCGUCUAUGAACUUUUCCUGAUGGCAAAACAGGCUAACUGGGGAUACAGUGAGGGGAAUUUCUUCAACAUUGGCUGGAUGGUGAAGGUGCUGGAGGAAAUUCGUACAACGGAGAAGUUUGUUGAUCGAGUUAUCCAACAGAUGUUGAAGUUGUUGGGACCUGGUCGCCGUGAGCCCCUUAAUCCAUCCGAGGGUGUUCUACUGUACACACAGUUUUCUGUACUUCAGACAUUCCUACAGUACAGCCCACGCAUUGCUGCUUUUAUACGUAGCAACUACAUGGAGGAAUUCAAAUAUUUUGUCCAAAUUCCGGCUGUCACCAAGAAGCUGCCAGUUGCCUACCCCAUCAGUGUAAUCAUCAUGCCUUUGAUAGAAGCUGUGAUGUCCAAGGUUCUAGAGAAGCCCACUGUUGCCUUCCCAAAGUCGCCCAGGGAGUGAUCAUCUCCAAAUCAGCUAGAGAGAGACCUUCCGUUAGUCACCCAAGGAGUGACCACCCCAGGGACUCAGAUUGAGUAACUGUCCCAAAGUCACCAUGGUAGUGACUCUCCACAGGCAAAUGGAGAGUGACCUUCCCAAGUUACAAAGGCAGUGACCUUCUCAUAAUCACCUAGGGGAUAACUCUCUCAGGGCGUACAGAGAAUGGCCUUCUGAAGGCACCCAGGGUGAAUGUAUAUCUCCUUGGGCACAUAGUGAGUGAGAUUCAACUGUAGCCUAGAGAAUGACCAUCUCCAAGUCGCCAAGGGGGUGAUUGAUAUUGUUAUCAAGACAGUGGCUGCCCCAACUACAGAAACCAUGCUUGAUAUUUACCCAUGUCUUAAUUAACCUCCUACCGACUGUGCUCCCAUCUUACCUCUCUUGACCAAUAACUCACUGUCCACCCACCUGACUACUGACACUACCCACCAAACCCUUACCUCCCUUGACCAAUAACUCACUGUCCACCCACCUGACUACUGACACUACCCACCAAACCCUUACCUCCCUUGACCAAUAACUCACUGUCCACCCACCUGACUACUGACAAUACCCACCAAAUCCUUACCUCCCUUGACCAAUAACUCACUGUCCACCCACCUGACUACUGACACUACCCACCAAACCCUUACCUCCCUUGACCAAUAACCUACUGUCCACCCACCUGACUACUGACACUACCCACCAAACCCUUACCUCCCUUGACCAAUAACUCACUGUCCACCCACCUGACUACUGAUACUACCCACCAAACCCUUACCUCCCUUGACCAAUAACUCACUGUCCACCCACCUGACUACUGACACUACCCACCAAACCCUUACCUCCCUUGACCAAUAACUCACUGUCCACCCACCUGACUACUGACACUACCCACCAAACCCUUACCUCCCUUGACCAAUAACCUACUGUCCACCCACCUGACUACUGACAAUACCCACCAAACCCUUACCUCCCUUGACCAAUAACCCACUGUCCACCCACCUGACUA